ACAUGCCGAUUCAGCUGACCAGCCAGGCGUACUGUAAGAUGCUUCUGCACGCCGCCAAGUACCCUCACUGCGCCGUGAGCGGACUGCUGGUGGCGGAGAAGACCAAGGAGAAGAAGAGAGACGGCCACGGAGACCCCGUCCUGUGCGUGGACUGCGUGCCGCUGUUCCACGGCACCCUGGCCCUGACGCCGAUGCUGGAAGUCGCCUUGACGUUGAUCGAUACCUGGUGUAAAGAAAAUAACUACGUCAUGGCUGGAUAUUAUCAAGCUAAUGAACGCACAAAGGAUUCGAGACCCAACCAAGUAGCAGAAAAAGUAGCUGCCAGGAUUUGUGAGAACUUCAGUGAAGCAGCAAUUGUUAUGGUGGACAGCAGUAGAUUAACAAUUAGCUGUGUUGAGCCCAUUGUGCUCAUCUAUGAUCAUCAUGAACACAAGUGGAAAAGCAGAGAAGUGACUUGUGAAUCUUUUGAGGACUGGAGCGAAGCACAGAAGAUCACGUCUGCACUGUUAGAGGGCAGGUCCUACGAGAAUUUGAUUGACUUUGACAAUCACUUGGAUGAUCUGAGGAACGACUGGACCAACCCUGUGAUCAACAAGUCCGUCCUAGAUCUCUGCUGAGACUCUCAGUCAAGAGUACCCCAGACAUACACACACACACACACAAAUAUUGCUGCCAUUUCAGCGUGCGUGAUGCUACUUACUGUGUAGCACAGAUGUACAAAAAAGCUGAACAUGUCGUCUUUGUUCUGUCAAAAGACUCCUGUACUGAAGGGAACAUGUGGAGUGAUGUGCUGACCAGUUUGGCCAGAAUCUCUCAAGGGCAAGCACCAUAUGUGCACUGUUUGCAUAUGUCCACCUUUACAAGGUGAUACUGAGGUGGUAAAAGAAAUUCUGUUUUUCAAUGCAACUUAAUGUGUUUUUUUCUGGAACGGUUUGUGAUUAGUCAUAGUUAUAUGGAUAAAGUUUAAUAUUAGAGUAUUUGAUCUGUUUUUCCUCUUCAGUUUUACAGCCAGUAACUAUUGAGAGAUCCAGUCAUUAAUUAACAAUAAUUUAUAUGAUUAACUACUGGAAUAUGAUUCAAAUAAUCUUAUUUAUUAAAUUGUUGUUAAAUCAACAUGUCAAACUAGUCUCAUUAAAUCUGCAUGACUGAACCAGAGGGACAAGAAUCUUUUAUGGUUUAGCCUUAUUGGACAAAACACAUUCUUACACUAAUAUUUCUUUAAUGCAUGUCUCAGAAUGUCAGUCUCAAUGACAUGAUUGUUGCAUUGGAAGAUUUGCUUUGAAAGCUGACACCGAAUCACUUCUCAGGAGUGUGUGAAUUUAGUAUUUGUGUGAUAUCUGUUUCUGUUUGGUACUAGUGAUUAUUUAAACUUAACUGACCACUCUAAAGCCAACCAUUUAAUAAGUAAUCUGAGGAUACAGAAGUACCUUUGUAUUUGAUUAGACUAGAAUUAAUUAAUAAGAGCCAAUUUCUUAAAUAAUUGUGGAAAUCCCAUUUUUACAGGACUUUAUAAACUGAAUGUACAAGUGAAACGUUUUUCUUUUCUAUGCAAGUCUUUGUCAGACUCAUCUUAUUACUGUAAUAGAGUAAAUGAUUAUGUUUGAUGUCUUAUACCACUGCCUUGACAAUAAUGCUGAUAAAAGUUUAAAAUCAA